AUUACUUGAAGAAUAUAGAGUGCGUGAUCACAAUGAAAGGGUUUCUACAAACUUUCGUUCUUUUGGCCUUGGCUUCCUCAUUUGUCUCCGCAUUUGACCCCAGUCCGCUUCAGGACAUCUGUGUAGCCAUCGAUGAACCAAAGAACGCUGUGUUUGUGAAUGGGAAGUUUUGCAAGGACCCCAACCUCGCCAAAGCUGAGGACUUCUUCUUUUCAGUUAAAACGCCUGGAAACACAAACAAUCCACUUGGUUCAAAUGUCACAGCUGUGACAGUAGACCAAAUUCGAGGACUUAACACUCUCGGCAUCUCUGCUGCCCGCCUUGACUUUGCACCUUAUGGCGAAGUCCCACCUCACACUCACCCUCGUGCCACUGAGAUUCUUGUUGUCCUGGAGGGCACUCUUUUUGUUGGGUUCGUCACUUCCGAUACCAACCAUACAUUUAUAAGCAAAGUUCUUAACCCGGGUGAUGUGUUUGUCUUUCCCAUUGGUCUCAUUCACUUCCAAGUCAAUAUCGGAAAAACAAAUGCUCUUGCUUUCUCUGGUUUAAGCAGUCAAAACCCCGGUGUGAUUACCAUUGCCAGUGCUGUGUUUGGAUCAAAUCCUCCGAUUAAUCCAGAUUUUCUUGCCAAGGCCUUCCAGUUGGAUGUGAAAGUGGUGAAAGAUCUUGAGGCAAAAUUUAAGAUGGAUAAUUAGAUAAAUGUGUCAAAUGCAAUGAAUUAGCUUCUAUUGUU